AUGGAUCCUUAUUCACUGAGCGUGGAGCGGGAGGCUUCGAAGAACAUCGAGGAGAAUGAGCGAGAGUGCUUCAAAGACGCGAUCGUCUCGAGCCGGAGCCUCAACAAAGGGUUCGUCGAGCCGACAAACCUUAAAAACGCUAUCCGCGAGAUCGCCGCGUGCAUCAUCGCAGCGUCUUUCCACAUAGCGGUGGGUCUCAGCAUGGCGUACUCGGCGACUCUCAUUCCUCAUCUCGAGAAGGAAGACGCGGAGGUGCACGCGACGCAAGAAGAAACUUCUUGGAUAGCCAGCUUGGUCGUCGUAAGCGCGCCGAUCGGCGCUCUCAUGGGUGGCUUCCUGAUGGAGACGAUCGGUCGACUGAGAACUCUGCAGAUCGGCUCGAUACCCUGCGUGGCGGGCUGGAUCCUCAUCGCUCUCUCGACGAACGUGCCGAUGCUAUUGGUUGGUCGUCUUUUAGCCGGACUAGCGACUGCUUUAGCAACUUCACCAGCGAUCGUCUACAUCACCGAAGUGGCCAGGCCGGAAUUACGCGGCUCUUUGAUCUCCUUCGGACCGACGCUGGCGUCGUUCGGAAUGGUGCUGUCGUACUUGAAAGGCGCUUACCUCGACUGGCGGCUGGUUGCCUGGCUCAGCAUCAUCUAUGCGAUUGUACCGGUGAUUCUAGUGCAGGUCUGGGUGCCGGAGUCGCCAGUCUGGCUCGUCUCGAAGGGACGCAUCGACGAUGCCAAGAAGUCUCUGGAAUGGCUCUACAAAAAUGAGACGUCGCAAGGUAAGAUGUCCGUCGCCGAGACGCAAUUUACCACCAUCAUGAAGGAGAACGAAAUUAAACUGAGCGAACAGCGACGCAGCAAGCACGGCAACGUGUCCAAUAAGCUGCGGGGAUUCCUGAAGCCGACCGGAUGGAAGCCCAUGGCGAUACUCUUUCUGCUGUUUUCGUUCCAGCAAUUCUCCGGGAUUUACAUAACGCUAUUCUACGCGGUCACCUGGUUCCAGGAAGUGGGUGCGGGUGUUGACGAGUACAUAGCAUCGAUUUUGGUGGGUGUGACGCGUUUCCUGUGCUCCAUGGUGAACACCUGGUUGCUUAGACGAUACAGGAGGCGAGCAUUGUGCAUCAUAUCGUCUCUGGGUAUGGCGGUGUGCAUGACCGUUUCCGGUUACUUCACCCUGAACAUCAGGAACGGCGAUCGAAGCGGAUACUGGGUACCAGUGCUGUGUCUGCUGCUCUACGUGUGCACGUCGAUGGUGGGAAUGCUAACGAUCCCGUGGACCAUGACAGCGGAACUGUUCCCCAGCGAAAUCCGCGGGAUCGCCCAUUCCAUCAGCUACUCCAUGGCGAACUUGUUGAUGUUCGCCGCGCUGCAGAGUUACCGAAGUUUGCAAACUUUUCUCGGAGGGUCCUAUGCCGUCCAAUGGUUCUUCGCCGGUAUUUCCGUGGGGGCUGCUAUAUUCGUGUGGUUGCUGCUACCGGAGACUCACGGGAAGAAGUUGUCGGAGAUCGAGGAGUACUUUCACAACAAUUUCCUGGCGCUGGGGGCGAAGAAGAAGCGUAAACAUCGAAGUGCCGAGAAGCGGGCACAGCAGAAGAUGAAAUCGCCCGCGACCGAGCCACUUAAUCCGAAAAUCGUGCAAGAUGUUUAGGGACGUCUGCUUCUUUACUUCUCUUUUUUUUUUCUCGUCUGUUUCCUUUUAUCCACGGAACCGUGCGUAUUUCAAACAAAAGCCAGCUUCGAAUGUCUUUCCAAGGAAAACGAGCGCGCGAUCAGCCUCGGAUCUUACACGGUGAUCUUUCGUCACCACACGUAUAUUCGUGCGAAACACCGAUCCUUUGGAUAUUAAUGGCGGAAUCAGCGGAGUUCGACGCUCGAUGCGAAAAUCGCAACUGACGCAACAAUCAGCGAGCGAGGAACGAUCGGAUCGGAGAAGUAAUAAAUGCACGGCGAGACGCGCGAGAUAAAGCUUGAAACUUAGCUCUAAUACUCGGCCAUGCGCGUAGAAAUGGAAGAGGAAGAGCGACAUUUUUCCGAUGUUUCGUACUGCUCGCAGGACUACGCCGUCAACACUUUAAGAUACGCAUAUAACGUUACGAGUUACGGGAAUAUUUCGAGAGAGACAAAUAGAGAAAAAGAAAAGAGAGAGAGAGAGAGAGAGAGAGAGAGAGAGAGAGAGAGAGAGAGAGAGAGAAGAAGGAAGAAAAAGAGUGUAAGUCGCGCGAAAAGAGAAAGGGAAGUCGAUUUGCGACUUGCGGUAAAAUAUACGUGUAUAUAUUUACAUAUAUAUAUAUAUGUGUCCAAAUAUAGUGCCUGUAUUCUCUUCCCUCUUCGUAAGAAUCUCGCGCGAGGCUCGUUGUUACAAUAUUACAGUAUUAAGAUUCCGAUCUGACUGCGCGUACGUCAUCGUCGCAAUAGAAUCGUGACUCGCGUGAUUUAUGUGAUAAUAAGAAUUAUUCUCUCUCAUCUUCGAACGACACGACUGUCCCGGUGACUUUUUCGACCGGGCUCUUUGGAAAUUUCAGAUGAGAGAGAGAGAGAGAGAGAGAGAGAGAGAGAGAGAGAGAGAGAGAGAGAGAGAGAGAAGGGAAGAGAGAAAGAGAGCUUCACAAGCAGGACGCGACUCGUACAAGCACGUGGUGUUUGUCUCACGAGGUGUGUAGAUUAUACCGAAGCGUCACUUCGAGACUCGGCAGAAACUUCGGAGCAGAACGGCCGAUUUGCAGAAUGCAGCCUGCCAGGAGACUCGAGCGUUCCUCCGGAAUUCGCGAAACCGUGCGGAACCUCGCGCAGACGGCACGCAACGGAGAGGAACUGUUAAUUGAUUCGUUCGACUUUGAUCUCUCGUCUCUAUUCGUACGUGGCGUCGUUUAUUUAGACAAGAAUAGACGCAUAUGUCCCCACACACACACACACACACACACACACACACACACACACACACACACGCACACACGCACAAACUCGAUGAAACCACUUACACAAUAUAAUAUUUAAUUUAGCGAAACAGAAGCCGCUUUUUAGACGGAGCGAGGAGUGCAGUCGCAAUGUCGUCCGCGUAAAUCGAUAUAUACAAUCGAUCGUCACUGCUGUUACAUUGUUGAUAACGCUUGUUAUUAUUAUUGUAAAGUUUACGGUCGCACGAGCACUGUAAAGUACAUAAACUAUAUAUCGAUAUCUCCCCCUCCUCUUCGGGGGUGAAGAACAGCGGCUAUAAUGUCAGAUCUUUUUUCACUCACGUGCGAAUAAUUAAAUAUACGAUCGAUGUUUAAUUACAGUAGACAGUCAUAACGAUGAGACAGAAAUAACGAUGAGAUAGCUCCAUGCGACAUCGCUCGCGGAUCACUCCGUCUAAAUGAGCCGCGCGGGGGGGGGGGGCAAUCUAUUGUUGUCGCGCAUCAUGAAAACCCGCGACGAACGGCCGAUCAAAUCGUCGACUCGAUCGGACGAGGUGCGAAUAAUCGAUUGAGCCGAAUAUUUUUAUACGUUGAAGUAAAAUACACCUGCACACACACACACACAAAAUACACACACACAUACACACACUGUGUGCGCACUUGUGUGUGUGUGUGUGUGGAUCCGUGUAAGUUAUAUUAUAAGUUACAACGAAUGAAUGAAGCUUCCAUGCGAUUUCUUUCUCAUCUCGUACUGGCGACUCGAUACCGUUCGUCGUGUUUUCACGACGGAGGGAGGAAGGAUGGUCGGCCGAUUCGUCCCUUCGAAUAAUUUACACCCGGUUUUAUCGGCGUUAAUAUGGAUCGAGAUUAAUUUCGAGAUCGUUAGUAGUAGUCGAUAGCCGAUUGUUCGUCCGAUUGCAGAUGGAACGGUCACGAAGAAAUGAUGAAUUCAGCCCGAACCAAGCCCGAUGACCAUCCAACCACCAUUAGUUUAAUAAUGCACUUUUAUCACAUGUGAUAUCAUUAUUUCUUUUCUUUCUCUUUUUUUGUUGCAAACGGACGAGGUCGAUUUAUCUUAUUCAAUUUAUUUUGCGUGUUACAUCGUGAUCAUCGGAAGGUCUCUCCAGUCUUCUCGCGAAGAGAGCGAUUCGAAAGGGUUUCACCGAUUCCUCGCUGCUGGAAAACGAAUUCUCUCAUCGAGCCCCCGUAUCAGACCAGACAGGUAUUGAUUGAGAUGGAGGAGUGUGGGUUAGAGAUGUGAACUCGGCGAAUCAAUUAACUCCGAUCUUGACUCGCUCUGUCUCGAUUGGUCAAGUUCCGAUCUGUAAUUCAUAAUCCUCAAUCUCCGAUAUUUAGUUCGUUACAGGGGCUUUAACGUCUCGAACGGUUACAUC